AUGUUUUCAUCCUUCGCACAGUAUUUGCCGUCUGCGCUGCAGAACACCAUAGCGGCGCCCAUCUCGAACAACUCUGGCGCCCAAGAACUCCCUCCACAAUCGAACUUCGACCCCACUACUGAUGAUGAGGGCGACGAAGAGGAACUGAUUAGACAGGCCUCAAGAGAGCAAGAACGACGUCUACAGAAUGACGAUGAGGGAGAGGAAGAUAGACGGAAACCGAAAUCAAAGAAGGAAAGGGACGGCUUGAAGAUGGCCAACGAGACGUUCAUAUUUGUCCGGCCUCCACCAUCAAAGUCGAACCAUCCACUAAAUUUGCAGGUUCAACUCGUACCACCCAACGCCCGCGCGCCGUCCGGAAUUACUCCUGUGAACGAUGAGCCCACAACCCCAACGUCGGCCUCCUCAGUGAACACGGUAUCGACCGAGAGUGGUCGUAGCGUUACGUCUGUUGCUCGAACUGCCAGCACUCGGUCGACUCGGUCUAAUUAUUCCACGAACCAUUCAUCCACUUCCACGACUUCGUUCGCCUCUGACAUCUCGGAGGUAUCGGGGACCUCAUCGGCCACAAGCAGCUCAAGUGCCCGCAGCUCAAGGAGGAUCAUCCCUCUGUACAACUUACAGGCCCACAAUGUGCUAACGAACACCAUUGUCGAUGCUGGGACAGAUGCGAAAGUCGCAAAAUUCCAGAAACGGGGGUUGGAACUCAUCGACCUUGCCAUCCUCGAACCGGUGGAAGUCUGGGGGGUCAGAAGUAAGGAAGCUAAACGGGAGGGAAUGAAGAUCACAGUCGAUGAAAUGGGGGCCAUCGUUCACCAAAACCACACACUCCACAGGGGUAGCGUAACGGGCGCUAAUCGGGGCAGCGGGUUCCUACAGCCUUCUGGAGCAAGGAAGGAAACGUCCAGCCGUCCAGCAACACCGUCCGGAAGCUCUGUAUCCCUGGCCUCAAAUUCCACUCACGUUAGCCACGCCCUCAACAAUCCUCAUGUUAUGGUUUCUCCACCCCACGAGCGCUCUCUCGCGCCGCCUGCUUCAGCCCCGCCUUCUCGCGAUACCUUCCCACUCAAGGGUCCACCUCCGACCAAUGUUUCAGAUUCCAGCGUCCCCUCCCAAGCUCCCACUGGUCAUGCUAGAUCCGUCCCACCACCCAUCGAUGUGCCUGAUCGUCAGAAUCCUCCCACAUCUCCACAGUCACAUAUUUCCACGGACACCUCAUUUGUAUCCACUACCCCGACCAAGAAGUCGAGUGGUCUCUUCGGCAAGCUCAAAUUCAACACCAAACGCAACAGCCUCGUCACUCCAGCUGUCCCACCUGCCACCGAAGGAGGUCAACUCAAUGACUUCGGUCAAUUUGCCAUGGCACCCCUCGGCCCCGGCGAUCUCAACCACAGAGCCGCCGGGAAUGCGUCCACUGCCCGAGUACCCGCUUCACCGUUGUCUGGUAACUCCCAAAGCAGCAAUACCCCGACGCAGACUCCUAUUACCCCACGGAACGCGCAAAAUGAAGGUCAAAUCAGCCCUACUCCCACAGUCCACCCACUAAAGGUCGGCGACGAUGCCGGUACCGUCAAUCGAGGAGCUGGGCACACCAGGAACCUGAGCCUGACGGGUGCUAUUACGAGGAGCAAGAACCGCUUCAUGAGCGGUAUCAAGGGUCAUUCGCCUUCCCCUUCACCCAUGUCUGAGCGAGAAGGGGGAUCUACUGUUGGACCGCACACUGCAGGAAUGGCCGCAGCCCCUUCCGGCGGUGCUCGAAGCCUGUUUGGUAAGAUUGCGGCCGGAAUUUCAGGGCAAAACAACACUGCGAAUGGGAAUGGAGUAGUAGAGGGUAACGGUCUAUUCGCACCGCAGACAAUGAAUGGGAGCCCACGAGUGAGCACCGAGAACUCCAAUCCGGUCGGCGGGAUUAAGAGCAAAUUCGAGCGCAUCCUCCAGCACUCUAGUUCGCAGCAGUUCAUCGGAAACUCAGCGACUCCUGACCGGAAACUGUCGGUCGAGUCUCUGAAACCCCAGCAACCCCUUCCUCGGCCAUUGUCUCAGCUUCUCACUCAACCCGUUAUUCCCCCCCAGCAGCCGUCGAUACCCCCUCCCGCGCAGUCGCAACCUGCACAGGGUGCUGCCGUUGUACCACAUGUCACCCUUCGCCAAUUGCAACUUCGGCCCCCUGUUCUUGGAAUUCAACCGACCUAUGUUUCUGCUUCCCAGCCCCUCAACGCCCCCGCCUAUCCGAGUCAGCAACCGUCGACCAUCAGUCUCACUUCGACGACUGGCCAACCACCACGCAUGGACGAGGUUGCCGCUCGAGCUAUCCGGCAAGUCGAGAGUCGAAGCACGCUCAGCGGCGAAACCGAGGAGAGCGUCUCGGAAGCCAACAGAAAGCGGUCGGGCUCGCGGCCUGGUAGCGCUCGGAAUAGCCUCAACCUCGACCGCGAUGCUCCCAGUGGCAGUGGGUCCGGUCCUGGCAUGACGGGCAAGGAGAAGGCGCUCAUGUAUGUGUGGCUGGUGCGGCGGUGGUUGAAGAAGAGGGGUGUUGGUGGGCCUUGGGACCAGGGACAGCCUAGCGAGAACAGGGGGAGUUUAUUCAGCCAGCUUGUGGGCCGGGAUAAGGAUCGGGGGGAUAGGGAUCCUGGCAAGCGAGGCUCGUGGCAUGCUGGCGCUGGUAUUGGUCUUAUCCCGUCGAUCACUGGUCUCGCUGGUUCGCAUUCCCAACAACCUUCGACGAGCUCGGCGUAUGGCAACAGUCCGAGCGGCUCUCAAGUCCAGCUGCAGCAGCAAUCAGGGCAGCAGUUGGUGCUUGGACCUGUCGUCGGCGGUGGGUUCGAGGUGAGGUUUGAGUGGAAGCGGGCUAGAGCGAAGAAGGAGAAGAGGGGGAGGAAGAAGGACAAGGGGAAGAAUCGGGAGAAGAAGGGGGAGGUUAAGGCCCGUGAUAUGCUACGCGAAGGGAGUGUGGCGCGAGGUGAGGAAGAGACGCCUCGGCCGCCUCAGACGUCGACAAUGGAAGAUGGGCGCCUUGUUGAGAUGUCUCCACAGCGAAUGUCGGCAUCUGAGCGUCGGAGAAUAAACAGGACAAGUAACGCCAGUCUGAGCAGCCUCCCACCGGAAGUUAGGGAUGGGUCACCGAACCGUGGCUCGCCUUCGAGAAGAGGUGUGAAUGCGUCGAGCACAUCAUCGAAGGCCAGGCUUGCUCUUAAGCUGCGAGGCCGUGGGGAAGAAGAGGAAGAUGGUGGGGACUGGGAUGACGAGAGCGAUGCUGAAGAUUCUGAAACGCCGUGGGUGUGCACACUCAAGAUUCGUCGAGUUGCUCCCGGCGGUGUCGGUGUCAGCGCAGGCGACGGGCUCGGACUCCUAUCACCAUCCCCUGGCGGUGAAGGUACCGAGAAUGGCGGCGUAUCGGGGCUUCCUGUUCAAGAAAAGGAGCAGAUCCUUCGACUCAAGGUUGGCACGCUUUCGCAAACCCCGCACCAUCCGAAAGUCGUCGCCAUGCUCAAGAUCCCGUUCCCGCUACCCGACGUCGAGGUGGAGAGAAUGGAGAUUGUGCCGAGGAAGGGCUUCGUUCCUCAGAGUCCCAAUGAAGGCGAUCAGAAGGAGCCGUACAAGGGCCUGACGUUGACGGCAGAGGAGAUCAAGGAUGUGGUCUGCAGUACCGGUUUGUGGGUUGCUGUACGAGAAGGAUUUGGUGGGGUGGGCAAGGUGAAUCGAAAGGGGGAUGGGUGGAAGAUCCGGGGGUAG